AUGUUCCGUCCCACUGAUGUCUGGCAAACAUUAGGAAUUCGAGAAUGCGAAGUUAUACAAUGGUAUGUCGAGCCGGAAGCUCGAGUUGAGCAAUUCGACAAGAUAUGCGAAGUGCAGUCGGACAAGGCCUCGGUCGAGAUAACAUCUCGGUUUGACGGCGUCAUCAAGAAACUCCAUUAUGAAGCCGGAGAAACAGCCAUAGUUGGGAAGCCGCUCGUUGAUAUCGACAUUCAAAGUGAGCUCUCCGCCGAAGACGAGGCGUACACGACUGCGCCGCCGGCGCAAAGCGGAGAACAGUCAGCUCCGCAGCAACAAAACCAUAUACAAACAACGUCUUCUACUCCGCCUCCGCCUCCGUUACCAGAAUCUCUCCGUCACAAUGGCAAAAACAGGAACAAGGACGGAGACAAGGAAAGGCCAAAGCCAACAAGUCAGGCGGCAUCCCUUUUGUCACAACCGAGUCCAGCCGAGUCCUCCGCCGGGCAAAUCCACAACCAUAACCAUUCAAAUGGAAGCUUGGCUACGCCCGCCGUCAGGCGAAUUGCCAGAGAAUUCGACGUCCAAAUUGAAGACAUCCCGGGCAGCGGCAAAGAUGGGAGAGUUCUAAAAGAGGACGUUGAGCGCUUCGUCGCCAGCCUGGGCGAACAAACAACCGCUACCACCGCUCACGGCCCUGGCACAGAACAGCCCACGCUUGCAUCCGCGCAUGGUCAGCCGGCAACAGCAGCUACUGCAGGUUCUUCUCCUAGCCAAGAAGACAGAAUUGUCCCACUCACACCUAUCCAAGCCCAAAUGUUCAAACAAAUGACCCGAUCACUCUCCAUUCCGCACUUUUUAUACACGGACGAGACGGAUCUGACAGCACUCAGUGCUCUUCGGAACCGAAUCAACCACUCCUCUUACCUACCUUCUUCUUCAUCAUCUUCUUCUUCUUCUUCUGAGCACCAAAAACUCUCUUUUCUCCCAUUCAUAAUAAAAGCCGUCUCAAUUGCGCUCUCCGAGUUUCCCAUAAUCAACGCGCGUGUCGAACUCGAUCCUUCUUCCCCAUCAUCAUCAUCAUCAUCAUCAUCAUCAUCAUCAUCAUCAUCAUCAUCAUCAUCCUCCUCAUCCUCCUCCUCAAAACCCCGCCUCAUCUACCGCGCCCAGCACAACAUCGGCAUCGCCAUGGACACUCCCAUGGGUCUUCUCGUGCCUAACAUCAAGAACGUCUCCUCGCUACGCAUCACCGACAUUGCAUCCGAACUCUCACGUCUCACCGCGCUCGCCAAAGCCGGGAAACUCUCCACUGCAGAUCUGUCCGGUGGCACAUUUACCAUUUCCAAUAUCGGCUCGAUUGGCGGCACCGUUGUCGCGCCAAUCAUUGUCGCGAACGAAGUGGCCAUUUUGGGCAUUGGACGCGCUAGACCUGUGCCAAUUUUUCUCGAUGACGUUGCUGUUGUCAGUAGUAGUUGUGAAGGUCGUGCUGCUGCUGCUGCUGCUGCUGCUGCUGGCAAUGGUUCUGCUUUCAGGAGCCGAAGCAGGAACAAUAAUAAUAAUAAUAAUAGCGUAGUGAGAAGGGAAAUGGCGUGUUUUUCUUACUCGGCGGAUCAUAGAGUCGUGGAUGGUGCGACAAUGGCCCGGAUGGCAGAACGCGUGAGACGUCUGGUCGAGAGGCCGGAGGAGAUGCUUGUCUUGCUGAAAUAG